AUGAUAAAUGAAAAAAUUGUCGCUGGAGAGCACUUUACAACUGCUGAGGGAACAAGUGCGCUAGUUAAUCGAGCGCGCCGAAGUGCCUGGCCAGCGGUGUCCGUGGACGAAGCGGCUCGUAUCCUGGAUGGACAGGUUUCGGUGAUCGAUGGAACGCGAACGGUCAGUAUCAAAAAUAUUAAAUCAGGUACACACUCGCAAAAGCUGGAAUUUUUCAAAAUUCCAGCGGCCGAUGGCAAAGGAAUUCGAAGAGUAGUUUCUGGGACGACAGCCGGCGUACUGGCUACGACAGUUCUCCAGCCGGGUACCAUAUGUCGCGUCAAUACAGGUUCUAUGGUCCCGGAUGGUGCUGAUGCGGUAGUACAGAUUGAAGACACCCGCCUUGUGGAGCAUAAUGAAACAGAAGAAGUUUUAGUGGAAAUUUUAAACGAACCAGAAAUUGGACAGGAUGUCAGGGAAAUUGGAUGCGACAUAAAAUUGGGCGAGUUACUGUUAUCGAGGGGCUGUGUAAUCGGUGCAGCAGAGAUUGGGAUUCUGUCCGCGGCGGAAAGAAAGUUCCUCCAGCUUUUCAAGCAGCCUAAAGUGGCCAUUGUGUCUACAGGCAAUGAAGUGGUAGACAGCGAGUCGGAUCAAUGUCCGGUGGGUUCAGUACGUGACACCAAUCGUCCACAGCUUAUUGCUUUAGUGAAGGAAUACAGUUUCGAACCAUUUGAUGCUGGCAUUGUGCCGGAUGAGUCAGAUCUUAUUUAUUGUUUUUGUUUCAAAAAUCUGUUUUUUACAAAACCCACCCGUCAGUAUUUCAGAAAAGAGAACAUACAGGAGGCGUUGGAAGCAGCGCUAAUGUUGUGCGACGUCGCUGUUUGCUCAGGAGGCGUUUCCAUGGGUGAAAAGGAUUACCUGAAGGAAGUGCUACAACGAAUGAAUUUUGAGAUCAAAUUUGGGCGAGUGCUGAUGAAGCCUGGCUUACCGACAACAUUCGCUGCAGGAAAUUGGGAUGGCAAAGAGAAGCUUGUUUUCGGGUUGCCUGGAAACCCCGUUUCGACCUGGGUUACAGCCCAUCUUUUUCUGUUGCCCACUCUGAAGAAAAUGGCAGGAUGGGCGCAGUGUCAAUUCACAUCUAUUAGCGUAAGGGUAAGCUAA